AUGAAGCAGGAGGACCUGGAUUACGAUGUCAUCAUCAUCGGCGCUGGAAUUUCCGGUAUCAACUUUGCAUACCGAUUGCAAGAGCGCAAUCCGGAAUUGAGCUACUGCAUUGUUGAGGAACGCCAUGAAAUAGGAGGAACAUGGAGCCUAUUCCAAUAUCCCGGCAUUCGAUCGGACUCGGAUCUGUUUACUUUUGGAUUUACAUGGCGCCCCUGGACCGAGAAACACUCGAUCGCCCAUGGUUCGUUAAUCGCCAAAUACUUGCGAGAUUGCGCAAAGGAAGAAGGAAUCGACCAAAAGGUCAAGUUUAAACACCGAGUCAAUCAACUGGCCUGGUCUAGCGAGUCCAAGGCUUGGACUCUGGACCUAACGGUAAACGAGACAACUCCCACUACCAUUCGAAGCCGGUUCGUGUUGCUAGGAACGGGCUACUACGACUAUCAUGAGACACUCCAGGCCGAUAUUCCUGGCAUUCAGGAUUUCGCCGGCACCCUGGUACACCCCCAGUAUUGGCCCACGGACCUCGACUACAAGGACAAAAAUGUUGUCAUCAUCGGAUCCGGCGCGACAGCCAUCACAUUGCUUCCGUCCGUUGCAAAGACUGCAAAGCAUGUAACAAUGCUCCAACGCUCCCCGAGCUAUGUUAUGUCAAUCCCAAACGAAGACCUAGUCGAGAAAGCGAUUCGACUUCUGUUUCCGAAAGUGCUCGCUCGGAAACUCAUUAGGAUUAAAUGGAUUAUCGUGCCAUUGCUCUUGGUGACAUUCUGCCGACGAUUUCCUCGUCUGGCCCGGAAGUGGCUGUUGUUCUUAACCUCUAAAGAACUACCCAAGGGCAUGCCUCUGGAUCCCGACUUCACUCCCCGAUAUAAUCCAUGGGAGCAAAGGUUGUGCAUGUGCCCGGAGGCCGAUUUUUACGAAAGUCUCCGGAACGGCAAGGGCAGCGUGAAGACAGAUAUUAUUCAAACCGUCACCGAGAGUAGUAUUCAGUUGCAAUCGGGCGACGAGCUGCAUCCCGACAUUAUUGUCACGGCUACUGGCCUGAAGUUGCGCAUCGCCGGUGGCAUUGACAUCUUUGUCGAUGGCGAGCAGUAUCACAUCGGCGAACACUUUCUUUGGAAGUAUGCCAUGAUGGAUAAUCUGCCGAACGCUAUUUUUGCAUUCGGUUAUGUCGACGCCAGCUGGACUCUAGGAGCUGACGCCACAGCAAAACUGGCAUGCCGCAUGUUCAAGAAGAUGAAGAAGGACGGUGCUACGAUGAUAGUGCCCCGAAUGAGCGUUGAGGAGAGAAUGCACAUCAAGAGGAUGCCAUUCCUAGACUUGAAGUCUAACUAUGUCCAACAAGCAGAGAAUGUGUUACCAAACGUGGGUGACCGUUCUGUGUGGCAACGAAGAUCAUACUAUUGGAGAGAUCUCGCGGUUGCUGUGUACGGCAAUCUCAAGAAAGGCACAGUAUGGACGAAAUGA